AUGGGCAGCUGCUGCGGCAAAGAGAAGAAGCCUGAGGCGGUCCCCCCUCCUCGUCCUGUGCAGGCUUUGCCCAAGCACAUCUCUGCCUCUUACACCGACAUCACAGAGUACAGAACGCCCAGCAGAAGGGCCAUCACGCAAUACCAGGUCAUCCCUCCUGAGACUUGGACGCCCUACUACCAUGCCAGACAAACAUUGUCUGGCACUCAAAUGGCCUACGAGUUUGACCCAAGCUCCAGGCUGAAUCUUGAACGCAUCUGCGACAUGAAGACGCCUUCAGCUAGUGUUCGCAGCAGCAGACGCUCAAGAGGAUAUAACAGCAGUAACUACGAGACAAUUCGCUACGACACGUCCAGCGCUUCUCGCUACUCUUCUCAGGGCUAA